AUGUCGUUCGCAAGUUGGCUCAAUUCUGUGCAGUUUUGGGUGGCACUGCAAUGGCGCAUUUUCAAGCGAUGGUGGUCAAAUGUGUACACCAAAACGUUCAAGUUUGAUCGCGGAGCUGAUUUUUUCGCUGGGGUGAGAUGUUUGGAGAUUUUCUGCGGUUUCUACGCCAAUCUACGAUCUGCGAGUGACAAAUUUUGGUGGCGAAUACUCCGCUUGGUGAUUGCCUUCAGGAUGUCACAUAUUACGGGAAAGUUCAUAUUCACUUUUCUCGAAGAGGAUGACUUCAAGUACAAGGUUCUGGUUCACACCGCUACGUAUCUGAUGUUCUGCAAUUGCAUUCAAAUGUUUCUGUUGAGGAUUUCGUACAACGAAAUAACUUCAAUUCGAUCCUUCAUCAAUUGUCGACCGUUUCUUUCGGAAGAUCCCGAAGCGCACCAGGUUCGUUGGGCUGCCUAUCGUAAGAACUUGUGGACCAUUCUGGUGCCGAUUCCUAGCAAUAUCUUCAUAUGGAUAUUCCUCUUUGCAUCGGGAGCAUACAAAUGGCGCGUCGUCAACAUUGAUCCGGACACUUUGGCAUCGAUUCCCUGGUUGCGUACUUCGGUACAGCUUUUCUACUGGUUACAGUACUCGGUGGGAGUUGAAUGGUUCCAGCUUCAAACCGUUCUCGUCAACUCAAUGCUGUAUGGGCUGGCUGGGGAACUCGGAGUGGUUACCUAUGGUUGUGAAAAUCUGAUGCAAAACGUUGAUUCCGCGGUUCAAGAAGAAUUGUUAAAUGCAGCUUCAACGAGUGAUUCUUCUAGAGCAGAAGCAAUUUUCUGGAAACACUUCAAAAUUGAACUGAACAAAUGUGCGAGAGCUCAUAGUGAAGUUAUGGAGCAGUUGAUCAACCUGAAACGAAUCUUAAAGCCGUGCUUGCUGAUGUACUACUACUCGCUGCUGAUCGUCAACGCCAUCAUCAUCUGUGCCAUCAAACAUGGGUACUUUGAAGCGUUCACGAUCCCAGCCACCGUCAUGGUGAUCUACUUGAACGUUGAUUUCUUCUUCAUUUGCUUCAACUUGUCUGUGCUGGACGAUUUGUUUUCCCGCGAAUAUCGGGACAUCAAAAGCACGCUCAAGAUUAUGCUGAUGCGAACCCAGACUGGAAUGAAGUUCAGCUGCGGUGGAUUCUUCGUAAUGUCACUGGAGAAGUUUGCAGAGCUGAUGGAGCUGACCUACAACAUGGUGAUGUUUGUGCUGCAAUUUCAUCACUAA